UCUUUCUUCUACGGCUGUAUAACCCAAGUUUGCUGAAUUGUUGGGUGGGUUCUGCCGACACAGAGUGGGAAGAUUGAGUAGCCCAAUUUUUAUUUUUUUUUUCCUUUCUCCUUGCUCUCAAUGUUCCAAAAAUACAGUGAGUAAAAUUGAGGCUGAUGAGACUCAUGAGAGAGAGAAGGAAGGGUGGUGAACUGGUGAUGUUGCUGAGUAAUUGAGCUUCGUCGAAGACAGACAAAGCACAAACUUCCAGGAAUAGAUUCAUUGGAGGCUUGGCAAAGAGUUGGCUUCAGGAAACAGAGUGAAGGCUUGAACAAUAAGGAGCAGCACAAGGCAAAACAUUCCAAAACAUGCACCAGCACAAUUUUACAUCGACAAUGUUCUGCCUCGAAUCAAGAAGAAGAAGAUAAUGGCCCUGAAGCCUUUUGUUAAUCAACUUGGGUAUGUCAAUGUUCCUCAAGAAAUCAACAGGCUGAGGUGCGGGGUGAACUAUCACGCUCUUAAAUUUCUUCCUGAAAUAGAGCAGAUGGCUGAUUUAUUGGCAUCAAGGAUGAGAAACCGCACCGGAAGUUCCAAUCCUUUUAUGUAUGUACAUUUCCAUUUAAUAGGAACUACUCAAACUCCUGCUAGGUUCUCUCUAACAACUUUCCACUCGGCAGGGCCCUGCAUCUUAGGUUUGAGAAGGGUCAGGUUGAAGAGAUACUUGGAGAUGACGGGUGCUGAUGGAGGACUGGCCUUGGAGAAGCUUAUGUGCUUUGCUUGCAUUUUGGAUAUGGCAUGGAGGCCAUCUACUUUGAUGAAGGUGUAAGGAACUCAAGACGACACCAACUGGAAACAAGAGCAUAUUGGAUGUAUGACUACUCUCUCUAUGUUUCUAAUAUAACAAAUUUUGAAACAGCUCCUGGAAAUCAGUUUACAUUUUUUGUUUCAUUACCAUGCGUAUUGUAGUUUAAAUGUUGCUUUUGUUUGAACUUUCCAAUUUUUGUUCCCUGCUGAUACUACCAUGCUCAAGCAUUGAAAAACUUUAAAUUGACAUUGGAGCAGUCAUUAAACAAAGGAGAAGGAUUUGCCUCAUUUGUUCAAACCUGUAAGGAAGGAUGCAUGCUUCAGUUUGACCAUGGAUAUGCAAGUAGUGUUUGUAUAAUUGAAAUUAUGAGAUUUUGUUGCUUAUAAUUGAAAGAAUAAAUGCCUGAGAUUUUAUUUUUUUGCUGGUGAUCAUCACAUAUUUGCAAAACACAUUGUUUUUGUUAUUUCUUAACAUGCAUUUGAAUCACCUUGAUGAUUCUCCCCUUUUCCUUCCUUACAUUAUACACUUGCACUGUCGAUUCCUUAUAUUCUUUGGAAGAGUCCGUUUUAGCUGUGUGACUACUGUGGUUUGAUACUUGCUGGAUGCACUAGAAACUUUUAGUUCCAUUGCAGCUCUGGGCAUUGAAUUUUCUUCUAAUGAUUAGCCUUUGGUGCAGGUUUUGAUAGAGCUCUUUAUAACCUGAACUUUCUUGAAGUUACUAAUAUGGCUCUCUUAAGAACUAUUUGUUUUCUCUGUUUAUCUGCAAAAUUGCUGCUACUUGCUACAUAUUCAACUGGUAUCCAUUCUUAUUCCCUUCUGCUGCAUUCUUACUUUGUCUUGGCU